AUUAAUUGUAAUUUGAUUUAUCAAAAAAUAUGUUUUGUCCUUUUCAUUUGUCUUAUUUAUCAUUCUGCAUAAAUCCAAUCUUAAAGUCUAAACCCUAAACAUGGUCCCACCUAUGCGCCACAAUACACAUAAAUUUGAACAGCUACGAUUCGAGACAUCAACGCUACUUAACUACCACACACAAAAACCAACAUAAAAUAAACCGCAAUCCGCACGCGCCGACCACAAGCGCGUCAUCACCACAGCCCAACCAGAUCUUUCCCAUACCCAAUCUCCACUGCAACAACAGCUCCAACAAAAUUCAUCAAUGGCAGCAUCUCCAUAAAUCCUACAUGAUUGAUCAAAUUCAUUGCAAAUAACAGUAAUAAAUGGAGUCGGAGCUCAAGGUCCUAACUCGGCAGUCCACGAGCCAGCGGCCCGGGCCCGAACCCGAACAAGAUGACCGGCCGCUUCUCAAACCGGAACCCGAACCGGACACGCCGCAGAGACCUGCUCCCGAACCGGGGCAGAGCAUCGAGGAGAUGGAGAAGAAGUACGCGGCGUACGUGCGGCGUGACGUGUACGGUACGAUGGGGCGUGGGAAGCUGUCGUGGGCGGAGAGACUGUGGCUGGUGCCGAGAUUGGUGAUCCUGGUGCCGAUAAGAGUGGUAGCGGGGAUGACGAUUCUGGUCAGCUACUACGUGAUUUGUAGGGUUUGCACGGCGUUCCGGGCGCCGAACAGGGAGGAAGGCGGGGAGGAGCAGGAGGAUUACGCGCACCUCCGAGGGUGGCGGAGGGCGGUGAUCCUCCGCACCGGGAGGUUUCUGUCCAGGGCGAUGCUUUUUGUGUUCGGCUUCUAUUGGAUAUCGGAGACGAGUAAUGAGAAUGAAUCAGGCGAUCACUCCGAUGGGUUGAAAAGAUAUGGGGCUAUCAUAUCAAAUCAUGUAUCAUAUAUAGAUAUUCUAUACCAUAUGUCUUCCUCGUUUCCAAGUUUUGUCGCUAAGAGAUCAGUGUCAAAACUUCCUCUUGUUGGUCUCAUAAGCAAGUGUCUCGGGUGUGUCUUUGUACAGAGGGAGUUAAAAUCAUCAGAUUUCAAAGGCGUCUCAGGUGUUGUAACUGAAAGAAUUCGAGAAGCCUAUCAAGACGAGUUUGCUCCAAGGAUGAUUAUUUUCCCAGAAGGCACGACCACAAACGGAGACUACCUUCUUCCAUUCAAGACUGGUGUAUUUCUGGCAAAGGCUCCAGUUCAACCUGUUAUCUUAAGAUACCCCUACCGGAGAUUCAGUCCUGCAUGGGAUUCCAUUUCUGGGGCACGCCAUGUAAUUCUUCUUCUGAGUCAGUUUGUAAAUCACAUUGAAGUGAGACGACUACCUGUGUAUCAUCCCUCAGAACAAGAAAUGGAAGAUCCAAAGCUUUAUGCCGCGAAUGUCAGAAAGCUGAUGGCUCAAGAGGGUGAUUUGAUUCUUUCAGAUAUUGGAUUGCCAGAGAAACGCGUAUAUCAUGCAGCUCUCAAUGGUAAUAUUAGCAUGCCUAGUGUUUUGCAUCAGAAAGGCGAUUGAUAAUAUCUUCGCCUCGCUCGAGAAGAAUAUAUUUGGUGUUCUCUUCAACUUCUGUAACCAUAUUAUUAUUAUUAUUAAUAUAUGCACGCAGAUUAAAUCGAAAUGUUACUUGUUGCUGUGGAAUUGCUGUGUGUAAUAUUACAGAUAAACAAUGCCCUGAUACACACACUGCAAAGAUGGUUGUUAAUCUGAAUGAUCUCUUUGGUGUUCCUGCAG